UAUAAAGGCAGAUCGUGAAAUCAUGUCAUCGAUUAAAAGUUUGAAAAGCACCAGUAUUCACUUCCCGGACUAUUUUCCUACAUUUUCAAGGCAAAUAACAUAGCUACUCCCUUAAGCAGCAUUAGCUAUCCCGCAAGAUAUCAUAAACUAAACAUACACCAUGGCGCCUGAGAGAUCGAUUUCAGAGCUCGCAGAGCUCAUCCAGAAGAAUGCCAAAAUCCUGGAGGACGGAACGAAAGGCCAACCGGGUAGCGACUUCUCGCUCAAUUUCACCUUACCCCCGGCUGCGCCAAAGCUCGACGCAUCCCUCGAGGUGGCCAAGGCAGAAGCUAUCGAGGCAGCGGAUGAGCUCAAGGCCCGUCUCUUGGGGCCGUUUCUGUACUUGGGUUCUUUGGUCCUCCCAGUGCCUUCUAUCAUCGUCAUCUGUUCCUGCUUGUACCAUUUCAAGAUAGGCUCUCAUGUCCCAGUACAGCCUGGCUCGUCAAUCACAUAUGAGGACCUGGCCGCUCGCUGCGGAAUGCCACUAGAUGAUCUCCGCCGCGUACUGCAGGCAGCGAUCGCAUACCGCAUCUUCGACGAGGAUACGCCAGACACCUCAGUGAAACAUAACAACAUCUCAGCGCUCUUCGGUUUAGCUCCGGGUAUGGUUGACGCACUCAGCCUCCUCGCAGAGGACAACCCUGCCGGCGCAAUGAAGUUUGUCGAGAGCCUGCGACGCUACCCUGGGAGCGGAGAGCCGGGCCACUCGGCACGCAUGGUCUUGGAACGAGCUGAGAGAGGCCUUUCGAACGACGACGUCGCGGAUCCGACGAAGGGUUUCUUCGACUUGAUCGCCGAAGACACGGCGCGCGUCACACGUUUCCGGAACACGAUGGACAUGGGGACGAGACAGCCAGGGUAUGCAGCGUCGUACUUCCUCGACAGCGUGCCGUGGGACGAUACCACGCGCUGCCCGAAGACCAUCGUCGACAUCGCCGGCGCAGGCGGUGACGUGAGUAAGCAGAUUCUCCGGCGCUACGCAGGCGUUGCAAAGGCCACAUCCGUCGACCUGCCAGAGGUAGUCGAGAUUGCCGAAAUCCCGGAGGAUCUCCAGGGCAGGCUCACUUUCGCGCCGUACAACUUCCUCACGGAGACCAUGUCGCACGAGGCAGACGCUUACGUCUUCCGACAUAUCUUCCACGACUGGAGCGACCAGUACGCGGUGAAGAUCCUGAAGAACCUCGCGCCGGCGCUCAAAGCAGGCACGCGGGUCUGGAUCAACGAGGUUGUUCUUCCCGAACUCGGCGCCACCGACCAUAUCAACGAUCAGAGGCAGAGGAGCGCGGACAUAAUGAUGAAACUAGGCUUUAACGGCAAGGAGCGAAGCAGGCGCGGCUGGGAGGAUAUCUUUGCCGAGGCCGACAAGCGCUUCCGAAUCCAGAGUAUCGUGCAGCCCAAGGGAGCAAUUGAUUCGGUCAUCGAAGUCGUCUUCGACGGUUGAUGUCUAGGUAGUUAAGAGCGGGCUAACUCCUUGCCUCUGUAUAAUACUCCAGUGUACAUUACUAAUUUUCAAAUCAUUUGGACUUACAUAGUACUCCAGUCUCUCUAUGGAGGCUGCUAUUUAUUAGUUGUCAUUUUUAUCAUUCACGCUCAGUCUCAGGGGACAAAUCACUGCGAGUGAGUCAGUUGCUGUGAAGUUGAAAGAGAGUCACGAUGUGUAUGAAUAAACAAACGCAAGAUCAACAUC